AUGGGGUCGACGCGGUUGUCUGCGGAGCAGGUCACGCGCGGCGUGAACGACAUCUCCAAGGACAACCUUGGGGAUGACUGGCGAUUCGGCAAGGCGCCGUGGCGCUGGUGGCACCAGAGGAGCCCGCGACUCACGACGGAGAGGAGGUGGCCGAGUCCGACGCCGGCGCUGGGCGUCGUGCGGCGCCGCAACCCCUCCUAUCGAUCCCAUCUCCCUCCUCUGCGCUCGCAUCUCUCCCCCCUCGAUCCCCCUCUCUCUCUCGUGCCCGAUCCCAUCGCCUCUCCACUGCCUGCAUCGCCAUGGCCGCCGGCCUUCGCCCCUGCCGGCCCCGUCGCCUCUGUGCGCGAGCGCCGAGCGCCCACCUCCUCCCUCGCGCGGCUCCUUCCCUGCCUCCUCCGCAAGCCACUCAUCGUCGUCGCCCUCAUCUUCCACCAUCGUUGCCCCUGCAGCCUCCCCUCCUCCACGUCGUCGCCUCCCCAUGGCGCCGCGACCGACCUCCCGCGUCCGCCAUCGGCUCCUCUGCUUCGCCCGUCCCUUGCUCCGCUUCCAUCGCCGGCGACCACGACCAGCCACCUCCCUCCUUGGAGCUCCCAUGGCCGCCACACCCUGUUCCACCUCGCCUCCACCUGGAUCCGCUCCACCUCUCCCACGCGUCUCCUCCAUCAGCAGCCGGCAACGUCCGAGGGAAGCCGAGCACCUCCAUCCCCAUGGUGCUGCGACCCCAUCUCCUGCGCGAGAUCCGCAUCGCCGCAAUUCUGCUCCAUGCGCCCAUCUCUGUUGCAUCGCCGUGGCCCUGUUCGCGUGAAGCCCCGGCCUCCUGUACCCGUGCUGCACUUUGAUGCCCGCUAUCAUCAUGCACCUUCACUUGCUGUUGCUGUUGGCGUCAAGACCGUGGGUGCCCAGUUCGUCUUCCGCCAUCUCUGGGAUUCGCCAAGUACCAUGACGCCCCCCCCCCCCCGAAGUGUUCGGGUUCGACAAGUCCGAUGUCGUGCUUGUACAACUACGCUGCCAAGUACCUCUACCGGUGACUCGAACAACUACCGCAAACGUGUACAACUACCGUCGCCAAGACCGUCAAGUUCGACUACCACCGACGUGUACAACUUCAGUUGCGAGAACGUCUACUUCUACUACGACACGAGUACAACUACUUCCACUACGAGAUGUACCUCUACCGUCGCCGUGAACAACUACUUCCCUCGACGACUCGAACCGCUCCGAAAACGCACGCUUCGAAGCUUCGGUUUCGUUCCGGAGUUGUGAGGAUUCGUUCG